AUGGCUGUCGGAACAGGGGCCGGAUUUGAAGCCCCCCAUCUUCGGGAGUCCCCGGGGCCGCUUCUGGGCGGACCUGCAGCCGCAGCCUGGGAGACCAAGGGGGCUCCUUACUCAGAUGUUUCCGGCUGGGUCCCCCAAGGAACGUUUUGCCGAGCCCCAGAGCCGGAUGUGCCUGGGGGCCGGGGCGGGAAUGCGGGCUGCCGGGAGUCUGGGGGGCCCGGGAGGGCCUGCUGCAGCCGGGCCUCCUGGGCCCCCGGCCGCCGGCCUCCCCUGCGGACAUGGGCACGGGGAUGGGGACCGCCCCUCCCCCUCCCCCUCCCCUUCCCCUCCCUCCCCUCCCCGUCGCCCUCGCCCUCACCCCACCCCACCCCCCCCCCCCCUGCUCCUCCAUGACACUCGACCCCUUCCAACAAGGCCUACCCCCCCCCCCCCGAGCAGAAGGGCGACCCUGAGCCCACGGGUCCAACCCCCCCGGGGACGCUGCCCCGGGAGGAGGAGGAAGAGGAGGAGGAGGAGGAGGAGGAAGAGGAGGAAGAGGAAGAGGAGGAGGAGGAGGAGGAGGAGGAAGACGAGGAGGGCCUCUCGCACAGCAUCAGCCGCAUCUCCGAGACGCUGGCGGGCAUCUACGACGACAACAGCCUGAGCCAGGAUUUCCCCAGCGGGGAGAGUCCCGGACCCGAGCCCCGCCUCGGGCCGCCCCCACCCCGCCGACUCCACCAGGGAAAGGGCCCCCGCCCGGGCCUUGUGGUGGGGGGAGGGAGGCCGAGGGGGGGGCAAGCCCCUGGAGGUGGCACCACCCCCCUUCCCCCGCGGCCCCACCCUGACCCGAGAUCAGGAAGGAGACGGCAGCCCAAGAGGAACCGCGCCCCCCCGGGCCCUGCGGGAGCCGGGGCCGGCCCGCCCACGCCCCUUCGGGCCGGAGCCGCCCGCCACCACCGGGCCACCCCGGCCGGGCCCCUCCCUCCGCCGCGGGCCCCGAGGGUGACGACUUCCGUCCCGCACCGGAGUCCGACGGGAGGGGGCCCCGGGGACCUGGGCACCCUGUCCCUGCCGACCUCCACAUCCAGCGACCCCGCUGGACCGGCCUGGAUCUCCGGGCCAAAAAUCCACCCAGCGGGCGGGAGCGCCAUCGCAGCGGUCUCCCUCCCCGGCCGGACGCCCACUGCCCCGGCGCCCCCGAAGAAGUCCAAGCGGGAUCCGCGGGAGCCCGGAGCGCCCCGGGCCGGGUCCCGCCGAGCCCCGCCCGGGUGGGACCCAAAGCACCGUCGCGGGAUCCAAGCCCAGCUCCCGGUUCACGCCGGGCCACGUCCAAUCACCACGGCCACGGGCAUCCUGGUCCCCGAGCCCGGGAGGAGGCGGGAGGCCAGGUCCCGGGUCCCGGGAGAAGCGGGCGGCGGGGCGGUGCCGCCCCGCCCCGCUUCCUCGCCUCCCGCCGGGGCCCACCGGGACCGCCGGGAAGGUAGCAGCAAAAGAAGAAGAAGCGGUCCCCCGGGCGAAGCGGGUGGGGGGGACCCCGAAGGUGUCGGGGCCGACGGAGCGGGGAGGGGCGGGGGGGGCCUGCCCCCCAUUCAGGACCCCACGGACCACCCACCUUUCCACGCGGACCACCGGGGGAGGGGAGGCCCGCCCGCCCGGCCCCUCAGCCGGAGGGGGGCGGGGCGGAAGGGGUCCGCGAAGGAGCGCAAGCGGUCGGCGACCCUGGCCCCCCGUGAGAAGGGGCGGAAGAAGGCGGCUUCCGAGGGGCCGGAGCGGGAGCGGGACAAGGGCUCCAAGAAGGCCCGGCCUUCCUCGGGCAAAGAAGCGGCCCCCAAGACCGCCAGCGGGGGCAGCGGGCGCAAGGUCAAGCUUCAGUCCAAAGUGGCAGUCUUGAUCCGAGAAGGGGUCAGCAGCACGACCUCCGCCAAGGAGGGCGCCGCAGCCACAGCCCCCAUCCAUCGGGCGCGUUCAGCCCCGGACCGGAGAGCCCCUCCUUCCUGGGCCAGGAGGGCCUCCAGCCCGCAAGGGGUGGCCCCGGGAGGCCCCAAGCUCAAGAAGGCCAAAGUCAAGGCCAAGGCUGGCCUCAAAAAGGUCAAAGGGUCAAAGGUGAAGACGAAAGGCACCAAGACAAAGAAGAAGAAGGCUGGCGGGAGCGGAGCCGGGGCCACCCUGAAGAAGUCCAAGGCCGACAGCUGCAGCCAGGCCGGCCCCAAGGGGGCCGAGGAGACGUCCUGGUCUGGGGAGGAACGGGCCCCUGGCAAGCCCCCCAGCCCCCCCACCCCGAAGGCGGCCCCGCCGCCCCCAGCCCUCACCCCUGACUCGCAGACCGUGGACAGCAGCUGCAAGACGCCCGACGUGUCCUUCCUGCCCGAGGAGCCGGCCAGGACCGGGGGCCGCGGCCGAGGCCGUGGAGACCAGGAGGACGGGGAGGAGGAGGAGGAGGAGGAGGAAGAGGAAGAAGAGCAGCCGGGAACCACCACGGCCUCCGGGGCGAUUGGGGGAGGCGAGGAGGAGGAGGCGGAGUCAAGCGCCCCGAGACGGACCCCCUGCUCUCUGCCCCCCGGGGCCUCCUCCCCCCAUGCCUUGGAAUUUGCCGGCAGGGUGGAUUGUGCCACCAGGUUGACCGCCCUGCUCUUCAAGAUGGAAGAGGCCAACCUGGCCAGCCGGGCCAAAGCCCAGGAGCUGAUCCAGGCCACCAAUCAGGGGGCACUGCCCGGGGCUGGGGCCGGGGCUGGGGGCCCCAGCCCCCCCCACGGCGCCCCCCCGAUCCUCGGCCACGCCGCCGCCCCGGGCCCUGGAAGCACACGAGGAGCCGGGCAGGAGGAGGUGAAGCUGGCCAUCAAGCCCUACUACCAGAAGAAGGACAUCACCAAGGACUUACAAAGACAUCCUGAGGAAGGCGUGCCGGGUGGGGCACCUCACCGGAAGGGGGAAGGAGGGGGCACCCGCCCCCCCACGCUGAUCGCCCCUCCACCCCGCCCCAGAUCACAGCAAAGGGGAGAUCAACCCCUGAAGGUGAGCAACCUGGUCCGAGCCACGCCCAGCGCCACUACUUUGCAAGCACGGCCGCAGCCUGGGAUCCCCCUCGGCCGUCCGGAGCCGGCCCUGGACAAGGCCCGUCCUGCCCGGCCCCCACUCUGA